UCUAAUGAACCAGAUGAUAUAAGAAAACAACAAGCCAUCGUGGAGUUAGGCUUUGGAUCUCUUCUGCAACUUGACAUCCCAUAAAACGAAAAUCCAUUCCCGUACGAGUUGGUUAGGAAUUUCAACUCGUCCGACCGGUCCUUGCAUCUACCAAAGUCUUCCCUUGAUAUUACUGUAGAGGAUGUAUACCUGGUGUACGGUAUACCUAUUGGAGGAGCUCCGGUCGUGGAAUGGACUGAUGAACAAGAUCCUGAAGUGUUGAGGGUUUUUGCUGAAUUUUGGGCAUACUGGAAAGUGAAGUCUGGAUGCCCAAAAUUGAAAGAAAUGGUUGAAAAACUGAUCAAAGAUGAGACUCCAGUUGAUGAUAACUGGAAGAGAUCUUUCCUAGUGGUUGCAGUUAACACCUGCAUUAAAUCCACUACUAAUUUAUCGCCAAACUUCAGAUUCCUAGCAAGCACUGUUGACUUGGAGCAAGUGAGGAAUCUAAAUUGGUGCCAGUAUGCAUACACCAGCCUUCUUGGGGCAGCUAUGUACUGGAAUGUGGACCGUAGCAGAUGGUUUGCUGGUCCACUACCAUUUCUAAUGGUAUGUUAUUUCGAUCGGGUGCAGAUCAUGGAAGAGUACCCUCCAAGGAUCUUCCCCCUAAUUUCUUGCUGGACAAGAGAUAUGAUAAGCAGCAGGGUACGCAAUGACAAUGCUACAGGCUUCGGACAUGGCUUGAUUUUGGACAGAAUUCAAGGUCCACCUGAGCUACAACUUGAACAACCACCACCACUUCUUCUUCAACACCCACAACAACAACAGCAGCAACAUGAUGAACAACCACCGCAGCAACCACUGCAGCAACCACAACAGCAACAUCAACACCAAGAGCCUAACUGGUCCACAAAUGAUGUGCCCAGAGAACAUCAAGGUGCACCAGUGACUCAACUCGGGGAUGACAAAGAUUUGCCAGAGCAACAGGCAGACCCCAGUGAGAAAGCAAAAGUCCCUUCUACAAUUGAGGAAUUCCAUGCUGAAUUCACUAAAACCACUACUGAACUCAGUAGUGUCAUGAACAAGUUCAACGACUUAUUGUCGUUGUCCAGAAAGUUCUUUGACACUACUAUUGAUGUCAAAAAAAGUCUGCCAUUCAAUAUGGCAAAAAUGUGGUCAACAUGCUCUGGAACUGAAAUUCCAGUUACUUUUGAGAAGGGCAACUCUACAGAAGAGCGGCAAGAAGGAAGGAAUACUGAGGAGAUUGGUUCAAUCCUCAGUCAAGAUAAAGAAUUUUUCAGCUCAGACUACUUCACAAUACUAUUUGAGGAAGCAGUACGAAAGGCAACAGAAGGAAAUGAAAGAAAGGAAAUCGAGGAAUCUGAGGAUGUUCCAUUUGAUUUGCCACCAUUUUUAACACCUCCGAUCAUGCCUUCCCAGCCUAAUGUAUUUGCUGAUUUGACAUUGAAGCUUGGAAUGGUUUCCGAUUCAAAUCCUCCUCCUCAGGCACACGACUUUGAAGAGGAAAUGAGAUUAGAAGCAAUCUUGGCAAACAAAACUUUGACUGAACGUGAUUUGGAGACAAUUUCAGGGGACAACAAAGAUGAAGCUGAAAAACAACAGCCACCUACAGAAAAAACUGAAGAACCUGAAAAUGUGAGAUCAGAUAUGGAAGGUUUAAUCCAAGGAGCUGAAGAUGGAAAACCAAUGUCUCCAACCGUUAGAACUGAAGACUCCGAGUUUCAGACUAUGGAAGGUUUAAUCAAAGGAGCUGAAGAUGGAAACCCCAUGUCUCCAACUGUUAGAACUGAAGAAUCCGAGUUUAAGACUCCGACUGCCGCUGAGUCGCAGACUGAAAUGGAAACUCCAUCAAUAUUCCUGAACACUCCAAGUGCGGUGUACUCGCAACCAGAAAAUGCACCUACAUCUAUGAACAUAGAUGAGGAAGAGGAUCCAGAUAACGUACAAGUACCUAAACUUGUUAAGAGAAAGAAAAAUGUUCCCCUCAAGUUACUGUCACCCUUCUUAACUCAGUAUUCACACCUACUGGUUGGGGAAGAACAGUUGAAUCAAAAGGAAAAGGACAUGCGAUGCGUACUGGAUUAUGCCUUUGGAAAGGGAAGCCCAACUCAGGUGUUGUACACUGAUGAUUGGAAUAUAGUUACCAGAGAAGAGUUUCAAACCCUAGCUCCCAAUGUGUGGGUGAUGAAUAAUGUUAUUGACACUUUUGCAAGAAUACUGAAUGAUGAUCCAGAUCAAAGUGUCAAGAGUAACUUGAAGUUCUAUUUCUCUACAAUCCCUUUCAAUAUGCUCUGCCAGAAUGAACCGUAUGGUGGAUCACAGGAUAGUCAAGCAACCGAGGGCAAACGCUUAGAAAAUUUUAUUUUAAGUGUACGCCAUGAGUAUGUAACUGCUGGUGUGAAGUCUUUGAAGGGAUUCCAUCUGGUAAAAUUAUAAAAUUGUUCUUUUCUUUUUUACAUAUGUUCGUUUUCCUUUGUUUAAUGUUCUUUUCUCUGCUUGUAGUUGUUCUUUCCAGUCUGGUCUGGUGAUCAUUUUUAUCUCAUUGUAAUCAACCAAAAGGCGAAGAAGGUGGAGAUCAUUGACAAUCUCUCCUUACCUGAAGGAAUUACAUAUGAUGAUAAAUAUAAAACAUUUGCAGAAAGAACUGUAAGUCUAUUUGAAGAAUUUCCUCUUAUAUAUUUUAUUUGUUCUUUCCUUUGUUGUUCUUUAUUCUUUUACUAAAUUAAAUGUUCUUUUUUCCUUCCUUUGUUGUUCUUUGUUUCUUUGUUGUUCUUUGUUCUUUGUUCUUUUACUAAGUUAAAUGUUCUUUUUAUUUCGGUUUGAAGCAUGGACAAUAUUUUGUGAACAAGAAGGACAUCCUUUGCGGAAGGCACAGAUUUCAGCAUAUGAAAUUGUGUUGCUUGAAAUGCCAUGGAAAAACAGAACAAACAAGACUGAUUGUGGGGUAUAUGCAAUGAGGCAUAUGGAGACCUACAAAGGCAACCAGACUUGGAAUUGUGGCUUCAAAAACACAGAU